AUGGUGCAGCGCACACUUCUAGACUUUGUGCGCAAAAAGAAUACGAGUCCCACUUGUGUGAAGGUUGAUGUGGACGAGGAGUCAAGUGAAGAGGUGAUGCGACAGUCGCUGAAGCGUACCGCAGAGGAUAUGGAGGCACUGCCACCCCCUGUGAAGAAAAAGAUGGAACUUGAUGCGUGCCUUUCAUCGCUUAUUAUCGAUCCAGACUGGCGUGCCUUUCUGCAUCCCCUCACCAGUGCCCCCAGUUUCCAACGCGUAUGCCAGUUUGUAGAGAUGGAGGCGGCGAGCGGAAAAGUCAUCCUUCCGCCGCGCGAACUUAUCUUUUCUGCAUUCAACAGCACUCCGCUUGAGAGAGUUAAGGUAGUGCUGCUGGGGCAGGAUCCUUACCACAACAUUGGCCAAGCUCAUGGAUUGUGCUUCUCGGUGCGCCCUGGCAUGCGCCCGCCGCCGAGUUUAGUGAACAUGUACAAGGAGCUUUCAGCAGAUAUUCCUGGCUUCAAGGCCCCCUCUCACGGAUAUCUGCAGCACUGGGCGGAGCAGGGCGUGUUGAUGCUCAAUGCAACACUCACAGUUGAGGCACACAAGGCAAACUCUCAUGCAACUUGUGGUUGGCAGGCAUUCACAGAUGGUGUUAUUCACCUCUUAUCGGAUGCACACAAGAAACCAAUUGUGUUUCUCCUUUGGGGUGGGUUUGCACGGAAAAAAAUUACCUUGAUUGAUCGCAAACGCCAUGUUGUUAUUGAAAAUGCGCAUCCCUCCCCACUGAGUGCAACGAAGUGGUGGGGUUCGCGACCAUUUUCAAAGUGCAAUGACGCCUUGACGAAGAUUGGGCACACACCGAUUGACUGGAGUCUCCCGAUGACCGUUUAG